AUGUUUGUCCGUGCGCCACGGUUCGAUGCCGUCCGCAUGCUCCGGUUCCGCUGCUCCGGUGCCACUGCUCCGGUGCCGCUGCUCGGGUGCCGCUGUGGCUAGACCUAGCACGACCAAACUCGACCCGCUCCGCUUCGUACACGCUCUCGUUGCUGUCCUUCCCAGUCGGUUCCUCGCUUUCUCCCUCCCUCGUUGCACUUGGGGUUCCUGGUCUGAAAAUUCUCGCGCCGAAGGGUCAGCNCAAGAGAUGUUUGUCCGUGCGCCACGGUUCGAUGCCGUCCGCAUGCUCCGGUUCCGCUGCUCCGGUGCCACUGCUCCGGUGCCGCUGCUCGGGUGCCGCUGUGGCUAGACCUAGCACGACCAAACUCGACCCGCUCCGCUUCGUACACGCUCUCGUUGCUGUCCUUCCCAGUCGGUUCCUCGCUUUCUCCCUCCCUCGUUGCACUUGGGGUUCCUGGUCUGAAAAUUCUCGCGCCGAAGGGUCAGCCAGCCCAAUCAGCUCUUCACCACCUGUCCCCUCCUCCUUUGAUGGCAAAACCAGGUUACUGAGACAGUACAGCUCCCUCUAGCAAACCUAGGGCAGUGUACACAGUCUAGUGCCCGUCCACCUUUCUGAUGACGUCUGCCUCCGCGCACAAAGAUGAGAUGGGCAUUGCUGCCUACACCGACGGCCUCGCAUCUGCACCUUUGUACCUGACGCACCAGUGCCGACCCAACUCCACCCCUACGCACGCCUCGCGGCGGGUGCGCCGUAGCAAGAAGGUAUCGGUCCCUUGAGGGUGAGUCUAGCCCUGCUCGCUAGAAAGACACUUCCCCUCGCUAUGGGUCAUGCCUACGCAAAAUCUUGCCGAGGCAGCAAGGGGAAGAAAGAGAGCAUACAGACCUCUAAACUCCACGUGCAGCAGAGUGACAGCGGUGGCAGCAUCCUACUCCUGCUGUCAUGUGUAGCCCCCAUAGCCUAACGGUACCUGUGCCAGCUGUGUCGGUCUGUCUCCAUUCCUUCAACACCGACUGACUGAUAAUUUUUUUUGGGGGGGCGAAAUUGACAAAAGUGGGUAGACUAGACUAUAUUAUACCUAUACGCCAUUCUCGAGGAAAAAAAAGUGGGUACUCGAAAAUCCAGCGCGCGCGCACUGCCGGCACCGGUCGCCCCGGUGGUCUAGUGGUAUCCUCGUAAUCCGCUAGUCGCAGAAGUCGUGAGUUCGAAUCCCCAUGGGGUAAAAAGUUUACGAAAUGUGCGGGUGAAAGCGAAAUAUAGCUAAAAAGCUCUCGUGAGUACCAAACUUCGACGUUAGCACCGUUGACGAGGGAAAGGGAGGCUGGACCCUUCUCGCGAUAGAAAUAAAAUUCAGCACGCACCGCAGGAGGAAGGUGGUGUUAGGAUAAUCCGAACUGGGGGUAGCUUGUCGCAAGACGUGCGUUGAAUAGGGGAUCGGUAACUCGGCGAGCUUACGCCGAGUAGAAAAACUUGUUGUCAUUAGUUGCAUCCACAUAGAUAGUCUAUACACACACAAGCCCCGUUGAGGGGGCGACGCCGUGUAAGGGGUACCUUGUACAUCCCUGGAAUCCAUUCUACGUACCACACAUGUCACCCUGUAUUCCGCUCUACCUCAUUCCAUGGGAACAUCCAGCACCAACCACUUGGCAUUGCUACAAGUAUAUCUAUCAGCCCCCCUGCUUGUGACUACGCCAUGUCUUCAUGAUCUUUCAGUAGCUCCAAAACACAAGAAAAUAAUCCAAACCACAACUCAAAUCUGCAACAACAACAGAUCCUUCUGGGGUAGAAAUAUAUUUCCAUCCCCAAUCAUACAAGUUGUAGUUCUUCGAUAUUCAUAGCGAUCCAAUUGCCCCCCAUCCUAGAGCACCGUUGAUUGAGAAGACCAUAGGAAAAAAUGUAAA